UCUCGCGAGAGUUGUCUGUCGGGGCGCCCGCGCGCUGCUGUCGGUCGCUGGCUGAGGAGAGGGGCUCGGCGACUCGGUGCAAGUGGAAACCCGAAGAGAGAGUGAUGGGAGACGACCGUCCUUUUGUGUGCGGCGCUUUUGGCUGCGGACAGCGUUUCACAAAUGAAGACCAUUUGGCUGUACACAAACACAAGCAUGAGAUGACUCUAAAGUUUGGGCCUGCUAGGACAGACUCUGUCAUCAUCCAAGAUCAAACCCCAACUCCGACUCGUUUCCUGAAGAACUGUGAGGAAGUGGGUCUGUUUAAUGAACUAGCCAGCUCUUUCGAACAUGAUUUCAAGAAGGGGGCAGAAGAAGAAGAUGACAAAAAGAGUGCAGGACCACUGGAUAUGUCUUUACCUUCAACCCCUGACAUUAAAAUCAAAGAAGAGGAGCCAGUGGAAGUGGAUUCAUCCCCACCAGACAGUCCAUGUUCACCAGCAGAGGAGAAGGUGCCACCAAAGCCGCAGGUCAGCUCAACGCCCACUCCUACAAUAGUUCGGCCUGGCUCUCUGCCUCUCCACCUGGGAUACGAUCCUUUGCACCCUACACUUCCUUCACCCACAUCUGUCAUCACACAAGCCCCUCCGUCCAACAGACAGCUAGGCUCCCCAGGCAGCUCAGUCCCUCUUAUGAUGAACCUGGGUAAUGGCCAUUCUGUACCUUUUCUUCCUGGUCCACAUGUACAAAUGCCAUCUGUUAUAUCGUUGGCAAGACCCAUGAGCAUGGUACCCAAUAUCCCAGGGAUUCCCGGUCCCCCAAUUAUUGGUGGCGGAGGCCAUAUUUCUCCGUCAGGACUUUCAGUUCAUUCAGAAGCCAAAAUGAGACUUAAAGCCUCGCUUACUCAGCAAGUUCCAUUGUCUUUCAAUGGGGGAAUGGCUAUGGUGGCAUCAAGGCCUGAGCAAAGCCAGAUCCAGCAUCCUGAUGCUCCUUCCCCUGCACAACCUCAGGUAUCUCCUGCACAGCCCACUCCAAGCACAGGGGGUAGACGAAGGAGAGCAACAGAUGAAGAUCCAGAUGAACGCCGACAGCGCUUCCUAGAGAGAAACAGAGCAGCUGCAUCCCGUUGCCGACAGAAGCGUAAAGUUUGGGUGUGCUCUUUGGAGAAGAAGGCAGAAGAACUUAAUAGUCAGAAUUGUCACCUAAGUAAUGAGGUGACUAUUCUGCGAAAUGAGGUAGCCCAACUAAAGCAGCUGCUUUUGGCACACAAGGAUUGUCCCGUAACUGCCCUGCAAAAGAAGAAUCAGGUGUAUCUUGAAAACCUAAAUGAUGGCUGUGAUGGAACAGGCUCCCCAGGCCCAGUCAGCCAGCACAGUUCAUUGUCCUCUGCCUCUCCUAAUGGUCUGCGUUCUCCAGCUGAACACAUGGCUACAUCAGUGCUCACACAGAUGGCCAGCCAAAGGACAGACGGCCACAGUCAGAUCCUACAGUCACAUGUCAUCAUGUCUCCACAGUCGCAGGCGGCCAGCAGAUGAUGUAUCUCAGCCACUGGACCUAGAACUAACCAAUGGGAUGCCUCAGCCCCAGAGACUGAGCAUAAUAACUAAGCCCCAUUACAGAAGGGGUGGAUAUGGAUUAUAAAUAUAUAUACAUAUAUAUAUUUGUUUUUAAAGUUCGGUAAAGGGUGUUUCGGAAGCUUUUUUUUUUUAGUCCACAGAUACCAAGUGAUUAAAGCACUAACGUUGAAAACUCAUCAGGUCAAAUCACUAACACCAUCAUACGUACAAGAACAGUAUGGGCUUCAUGCACUAACAGACAUGGACACACACC